AAACUGAUUCUGAACUGUCUGAAUUUGUCAUAGGGCCUAUGUAUUACAAAGGACUCUACCAUUUGUUCUACCAGUACAAUCCAUAUGGUUCCAUAUGGGGAAACAUAAUUUGGGCUCACUCGAUAUCAACAGACUUGAUCAACUGGUUCCCUCUUGAGCCUGCAAUCGUCCCCUCCGAACCAUUCGACAUCUACGGCUGCUGGUCUGGUUCUGCCACCAUCCUUCCAGGUGACAGACCAGCAAUCCUGUACACAGGACUGAAUUCAUCGAACACCCAACUCCAAAACAUUGCCUUCCCCAAGGACCCAUAUGACCCUUUCCUCAGAGAAUGGGUGAAGCCUUCUUACAACCCUCUGAUGGCCCCAACAGCCAGCAAUGGCAUCAACUCCAGCUCCUUCAGAGAUCCCACCACUGCCUGGAGAGGCCCAGAUGGUGUAUGGAGAACCAUUGUGGGAAGUAAAAUUGAUCGGAAAGGACUAGCAAUUCUAUACAGAAGCAGUGACUUCAUUAACUGGAAGCUGGCCGAAGAACCCUUGCAUUACUCAGAGGGCUCGGGGAUGUGGGAGUGCCCUGAUUUCUACCCUGUCUCUGUCAAUGGAACCGUGGGGCUGGACACCUCUGUUUUAGGCUCCAAUGUCAAGCAUGUUCUCAAGGUAAGUCUGGACGACAAUAAGAUCGAUUACUACACUGUUGGUACAUACUUGCACGAACAAGAUAAGUAUGUACCGGAUAACACAUCAGCCGACGGCGCCACCGGACUCCGGUACGAUUACGGGAAGUUUUAUGCGUCGAAGACAUUUUACGACGACCGGAAGAACAGAAGGAUCCUUUGGGGAUGGAUCAACGAGUCGGACAGUGCCAGGGAAGACGUUCAAAAGGGAUGGGCUGGUGUGCAAACAAUCCCAAGGAAGAUUUGGCUGGAUGAAAGUGGAAGCAGGCUUGUUCAAUGGCCGGUUGAGGAGUUGAACGACCUGCGGGGCAAGAGAGUUAAGCUUAAUGCUAAACGUCUUGAGAGCGGGUCAUCGGUUCAAGUUGGAGGUGUCCAAGCUUCCCAGGCAGAUGUUGAUGUGUCUUUCAAAGUUGAAGACUUGAGCAAGGUAGAGGUGCUGGCUGAUCCGAACCUGCUUGCGAGCCCACAACUGAUAUGCAGCAAGAUGGGUGCCUCGGUCAACGGUGAGGUUGGCCCCUUUGGCCUGUUGGUCUUGGCCUCCCAGGACUUGCAAGAGCAAACUGCAGUCUUCUUCCGCGUGUACAAGAGCGAAAGGAAUAAGCUCCUUGUCGUUAUGUGCAGCGACCAAAGCAAGUCGAGCCUUGAUACGGACGUGGACAAGACAACUUACGGAGGCUUCGUUGACGUCGACAUAUCUGAUGGCACCAUCUCCUUGCGGACUCUGAUCGAUCACUCUAUAGUGGAGAGCUUCGGUGGUGGCGGGAAGACGUGCAUCACGGCCCGAGUUUACCCGAAGCUGGCAGUGGGAGACGAUGCCAGGCUCCAUGUCUUCAACAAAGGAUCCUCUGCUGUCACAGUCUCCAAAUUCAGAGCAUGGUCCAUGCGGAAGCCUUCCAUUAACUGACCUUCCAGGGAAAAGAGAGUUCAUUCCUUCUUCUUUUCACGCUAGGCGAACAAAAAGACUGGCUCUCGAGGCUUCUCCAAAAGGGUCUUCUUCGUAUCUUGGUUUUUUUUUAUAAAGACGGCAACGACCUUUGCAGCAGAAGAAUGUUAAAAAUUUAAUUAACCCAUCAAGAUGUUCAUCAAGCUCGCAUUUCUUGUCAAUUACCCUUGUAUUGAUACU